AACCUAUAUAUCCACGUUUAUGUAACCAAAACCUUACUAAUUAACCCAAAAUACGUAAAAUUGUACUCAAAACAUAAAAAUAUUUAAGAAGCUAUUAAUAAAUUGUAUUACGAAUUGUAUUGACACUAUUAAUUUGAACCACUGAAUUGCGGGUGGGAGGCCCGCUCGAGAGAGUUCUGCAAAAGUAAGCAGCGUCAACACCCGGCCAGCCUAUUUCCCCUCCAUAAAUUCUUGCGCCCAAUUUUGGGUUAGCGCGGCGGGCAGUUCCCACCACCCGCUUUGUUUUCCUUACUCAUUAGUUUAAGGCAAAUUUUAAAGAAGGAGAGCAACUUCCUUAUAUACCAAACAAUUCUUCAGCACCAAAUGGAUUUUUCGAUGUGGGACUAAAAACCGACCUGCAUAGUAUGGCUCCUAUUGUUGCUGAUUUCGGGUACCGAUGGGCCAAAACGAAGAAGUUAGUUUGGCAUCUCCUCCACGUCUGUGGUGCUCCGUGGUCGCCGCAGUGCGCCGGGAGUCCUUUGGGUGUUUUGGCCAGACCAGGAAGCUUUACGUGCUGAAACCCUAACGCGAGACUAAAAAAAUCGGAGUUCGUACUCCGUUCAGUUUGGAGAGUGAGAAUUAAUUGGUUUUAAUUCUGUUUAUUUGUCGGAAUAAAUUAUUUGCAAUGAAACUUUUACAACUUUGGAGCUUUAACCAUAACAAGUUUAUUCAUUGCUUUCCAUACAAUAUGACCGUUAGCCAGUUCCAAGAAGGGAAAGCAUCCGAAGGUUUUAUCACUUAUCUGCUGAAUUUCUCAUUACAGAGACCUGCAAUCCACCCAACAAGCACCAUCCACGUGCUAUUAUCUGGUGAAAAUGGAGAUAUCAUAUGCAACUUCAAGCAAUCUUGACAUUGCUGAAGGUGAUUCUGUCAAUGGAGUUACGAGACAGGUGAGAGUGGCACCUCUUGAUCAUCCAACACCAUCUUCUCCUGGAUUGCCGCCACCUUCACCGUUGCUUGCUCAGUGGAGAGCUAAGCUUCGAGGAAUGUCAGCCAGGGAUUGGAUGGAGCUGUUGCUGCCUUGCACUCGCUGGAUUCGGACAUACCAGUGGACUGAGUACCUUCAGGUGGAUAUCAUGGCUGGAAUUACUGUAGGAGUUAUGCUUGUUCCUCAGGCGAUGUCCUACGCAAAGCUGGCGGGGCUUCAUCCAAUUUAUGGUCUUUAUUCUGGUUUCAUUCCCAUAUUUGUAUAUGGUAUAUUUGGCUCUUCUCGCCAACUUGCUAUUGGCCCAGUGACAUUGGUAUCCUUAUUGGUUUCCAAUGUAUUGAGCAGCAUUGUUUCCCCUAAAGAGGAGCUCUAUACAGAGCUUGCUAUACUGUUGGCAUUUAUGGUGGGUGCUUUGGAGUGUACAAUGGGUCUAUUGAGGCUUGGAUGGCUUCUACGUUUUAUCAGCCAUUCUGUAAUUUCUGGUUUCAUAACUUCUUCAGCUAUAAUUAUUGCAUUGUCACAAGCUAAGUAUUUCUUGGGGUAUAACAUAGAAAGAAGCAGUCAAAUAGUACCACUUGCUAAAAGCAUUAUUGCUGGUGUUGGAAAUUUCUCAUGGCCCCCCUUUUUGAUGGGAUCUAUCAUUCUUGCAAUCAUUCUUCUCAUGAAACACCUGGGGAGUUCAAAGAAGAACCUGAGAUUUCUUAGAGCGUCGGGCCCACUCACAGCUGUCAUUCUAGGCACAGCUUUUGUUAAAAUAUUUCAUCCACCUUCAAUUACAGUGGUAGGUGAAAUACCACAAGGCCUUCCAAAGUUUCACAUCCCUAGAGAAUUUGAUCAUGCAGAAUCUCUUAUAUCAACUGCAGUUCUAAUUACUGGUGUGGCCAUUUUGGAAUCUGUUGGUAUUGCCAAAGCAUUGGCAGCAAAGAAUGGAUAUGAGCUGGACUCAAAUCAAGAGUUAUUUGGUCUUGGAAUGGCAAAUAUAUGUGGCUCAUUCUUCUCUGCCUAUCCUGCCACAGGCUCUUUCUCUAGGUCAGCUGUGAAUCACGAGAGUGGAGCAAAGACUGGACUAUCUGGAAUCAUAACAGGAAUAACAAUGGGAUGCGCUCUUUACUUUUUGACACCAUUGUUUCAGGAUAUUCCUCAGUGUGCACUGGCCGCCAUAGUAAUUUCAGUUGGAAUCAGCCUGGUGGAUUAUGAGGAAGCUUUGUUCUUGUGGCGUGUAGAAAAGAAAGAUUUUCUUCUUUGGACGAUAACAUGUGUUAUGACUUUGUUUCUUGGAAUAGAAAUCGGUGUUCUUGUUGGGGUUAGUUCUUCCCUUGCAUUUGUCAUUCAUGAAUCAGCUAACCCACACAUAGCUGUAUUGGGAAGACUGCCUGGAACAACAGUUUACAGAACUAUUGAGCAGUAUCCAGAAGCCUAUGUAUACAUAGGAAUUGUUGUUGUCCGAAUUGAUGCACCUUUAUAUUUUGCAAAUAUAAGUUACAUCAAAGACAGGCUACGACAGUAUGAACUAAUUGUCUCAGGAUCUGCUUGGAAUGGAUCAUCUGAUGAAAAAAUUUAUUUUGUUAUAAUUGAGAUGGCGCGUAAGUCCUUAAAUCAUUAUUAGAUAAUCCUAACCUCUAAUUUGUUAGUUCUAUUAAUGAAGUUCGGACACUUAGCCUUUCUUCCAUAUUUGAUGAAGUAGUUUCUUUUUAUUUUCCUGGAAAUUUGGAUUGUCACUGUUUUUGUUGGUGUGUGGCAUAGUUCCUUUCUCAUUUU